GGGACGGAGACAGAGCUCUGCACCUCAGUCCAUCUCCUCUCCAGAGCAGGCAGACCUCCUGAGCAGUCUUCAUCCGAUCAUCCGUAACAAUGCUGAGCAACAUGAGAACUUCCAUUUCUGGGCGCACCUUUGGAGGUGGAAGCCUGUCUGGAAACAUGGGUGGGGGCAUGGUUCGACAGAGAUAUGCUUCAAGUGUGCAUGCCGGUGCAGGUGGCUCUGGAGCUAGAAUCUCCACUGCCAGUUUUGGAGGUAGCGCAAGUGGUGGCUUUGGCUAUGGAAGUGGCGGAGGAGGCGGUUAUGGCUAUGGAGGGGGUGCAGGUUUCGGUGGAGGUGACGGCAUUGACCUGCACGUUGGGGCCAAUGAGAAGGCCACCAUGCAGAACCUGAACGACCGCCUGGCCACCUACCUGGAGAAGGUGCGCAGCCUGGAGAAGGCCAAUACUGAGUUGGAGCUCAGGAUCCGCCAGUUCUUGGAGAGCAAAGCCGGACCCAGUGCCCGUGACUACUCUGCUUUUGAGGCCACCAUUGCUGAACUACAGGGAAAGAUCCAGGAUGCCACCCGUACCAAUGCAGGCAUCUACCUGUCCAUUGACAACGCAAAACUGGCAGCAGACGACUUCAGAACCAAGUAUGAGAAUGAGCUAGCCAUGCGUCAAUCUGUGGAGGCAGAUAUCUCCGGUCUAAAGAGACUGCUGGAUGAGCUGACACUGGCCCGAUCAGACCUGGAGAUGCAGAUCGAAGGUCUCAGGGAGGAGCUGAUCUUCCUCAAGAAGAACCAUGAGGAGGAACUGGCAUCCAUGCGGUCCCAGAUGAGUGGACAGAUCAAUGUAGAGGUGGACGCAAAGCCCCAGAUGGACCUGAACGCCAUCAUGACUGAGAUCCGUGAGCAGUACGAGAAUGUGGCUGUCAAGAACCAGAAAGAGCUUGAAAUGUGGUUCCAGACAAAGUCAGAGACGCUGACCAAGGAGGUGGCAGCCGAAACAGAAAGUCUCCAGAUGUCCAAGUCAGAGAUCUCUGAGCUCCGUCGCACGCUGCAGGGCCUGGAGAUCGAGCUACAGUCGCAACUAAGCAUGAAAGGAGCACUGGAAGGCACAUUAGCAGACACAGAAACACGGUAUUCCAUUCAGCUCCAAAGCCUCCAGAUGACGGUGACGGGUAUGGAAGAGCAACUGAUGCAGCUGCGUUGUGACAUUGAACGCCAGAGCCAAGAGUACAAAAUGCUGCUGGACAUCAAGACACGGCUGGAGAUGGAGAUUGCAGAAUACAGGAGGCUGAUGGAUGGAGAGGCCAGUGCCAGUGGUUUCAGUAGUUCCUCGAGGACCAACACAAAGAUUGUAGUGAUCUCAGAGGAAAUGUUGAACGGCAAGGUGGUGUCCAGCACUACCACGAGCGCAUAAUCUGUCCCACACAGCAAACACAAAACAGAGGCAACACCGGAAGAACGCAACGUCUGAAUCAAAAACUUCCUUCGCAUACACAUGUGAAUGCAAUAAAAGGCUCUUUGUUUGCUAA